AGGAAGCCAUUCCUCUACCAAUCUGUCAGUCAGUCUACUACAAGCGGUGCCCAGUGCUGGUGGUGUGAGGGUGUGAUGAUGUGCAGGUCACGAUGUGGAGGAGCAGACUCACCCAAGUGACGUGGCCUGAAGUGCCAAAAGUUAAAAAGUGCUGCUUUUGCAUCCCAGUGCGGAAAGGGAUCAUUAUAUUUGGAUACAUCAAUUUGACGCUCUCCCUCCUAGCCUUCCCCCUGCUGGUGUUCCUGCUGGUGGAACAGCUCAGCGAGGACUCAGCCCCGGUGCGGGAGCCGGCGCGCCUGCCGCUCACCGUGGCCUGGAUCGCCGUGGACGUCGCCAUGAACCUCGCCCUCAUCGCCAGCGCACAUAAGAAGAACGCGUCUCUCCUCCGCUUGUACCUGGUGGUGGGCGGCGGGUUCCAGCUGCUGACGCUGCUGCUGGACCUGCUGCUGUUCGACCUGGGCGACGUGCUCGAGAACGUGGUGUACUUCUUCUUCUUGAGUCUGAACGUGUACCUCCUGUACUUGGUGUUCUGCACUAUCCACCAGCUGCGCGAGACCUCGGGCGUGCAGUACAUGGCGCAUCGCGACCCGCAGCCUCUGUGACCUGCACACCUGGACUCCUG